CGGAGGUGACGUUUUGUUAUUAAUAUUUCACCGGCUUUUGUAUAUUUCAGUUAGGUAAUUUCCCAGUCUCCAUUUUGAUAGUUAAUGACAUAAUUCGUUAGUUUUUGCAUUUUAUUUUAAACUUCAGAGUAAAAACUGAUUUAAAUUUUAUAGGUUACAAUGGAUGAUAAUGUGAAUAAAAGCCGGAAAGUGGCCUUAAUCACAGGCAUUACAGGACAGGAUGGAUCCUAUCUUGCAGAACUCCUUAUUGAUAAAGGAUAUGAAGUUCAUGGUGUAAUAAGACGAUCCAGUUCCUUUAACACGGGAAGAAUAAAUCAUUUAUACAAGGAUCCUCUGACACACACUCAAGGCUCUAUGAAAUUGCACUAUGGGGAUAUGACAGAUGGUACAUGUUUGUUGAAGCUGAUCAGCCAGAUACGCCCAACAGAAGUAUAUAAUUUGGCAGCUCAAAGUCACGUGAAAGUUUCCUUUGAUUUAAGUGAGUAUACAGCCAAUGUUGAUGCUCUUGGUACUCUCCGAAUUCUUGAUGCCAUACGUACGUGUGGAUUGGAGGGAAUUACACGGUUUUAUCAGGCAUCCACUAGUGAACUUUAUGGAAAGGUACAAGAAGUUCCACAGAGAGAAACUACUCCUUUCUAUCCUCGUUCCCCUUAUGGUGUGGCAAAGCUGUAUGGUUACUGGAUAGUGGUCAAUUACCGUGAAGCUUACAACAUGUUUGCCGUCAAUGGGAUUUUAUUUAACCAUGAGAGCCCCAGAAGAGGAGAAACUUUUGUAACCAGAAAAAUCACUAGGUCGGUGGCUAAGAUAGUACUAGGAGAACAAGAAUAUUUUGAGCUUGGUAACCUGGACUCAAGACGUGACUGGGGCCAUGCGAAAGACUAUGUAGAGGCCAUGUGGUUAAUGCUGCAACAGGAGAAACCUGAAGAUUUUGUGAUAGCAACAGGAGAAUCCCACAGUGUAAGAGAAUUUGUGGAAGCUGCAUUCCGUCAUGUUAAGAAAGAAAUUGUAUGGGAAGGUUCAGAAUUGGAAGAAGUUGGGAAAGAGAAAGAAACUGGUAUCAUUCGAGUUCGGGUCAACUCCAAAUACUUCCGUCCUGCUGAAGUAGACUCUCUCUUGGGAGAUUCCACCAAGGCAGAGAGAAUGAUAGGAUGGAAACCAAAGAUCACAUUUGAGAAACUAGUUCAAGAAAUGGUAGAUUCUGAUCUGAAGUUGAUGAAGAAAAACCCGACUGCUUAGCACCACAUAGCGAGGUUGCCAAGGGUACAAUAUGGAGAUCGAAGUGGCAACAGACUACUACAUCCGGUAGCACUUAAGGAUACGGGACCAUUAUGGCACAGCGCACAUUCUGCCCUAGGCCUCAGUAGAUGGCGACUAUUGGGAUACUAGGCGUUCUUCUUAUAUACCGCAUUUAUAAGUAAUGUCUGUUGUGGUGCAUUUUGAAAUUAUGUGUAACUAAGGGUCAUUCCGAGAUGGGUAAAGGAGAAUAUUGUGGUAUAGAUAAGUUUAUUUUGUCGUCUGACGUCAGUGCAUUUAUUAUUCUAUUAUGUCUUGCGAUAAAAUGGAAUUCAAUGUCGAAGUACUAUAAACAGAAAAAAAUUGUGGAUAAUUACAAGUGACUUUUAUAUAAAGCAGUUAUUGCGUUACGUUUUUUUUUGGCACAUUAUCAGUUAAUCUUAAAAUAUUUUACAUUAAAAUUUUUUCUUCCUGUGAUUGUUAUUAUAUUCCAAAAAAUAAUUAA